ACUGCCUCCUCCUCCUGAAUGGGUGCUGUAGCGCCACCCUGCGGCCUGAAGCUGGCCGUGCUCCCCGGUAGUGAGGGAAGGAAUCCCACUGGGAUGCGUAUCCUCACUCCACCCUCUCAACCCUCAGUGGAGCUGGUCGCGGACCCUGAGACCCGGACCGUGGCUGUGAAACAGCGGGGAGUUAACCCUUCAACUGCCGGGACCCAGGAGCUGAAGCCGGAGUCAGAGGGCUCUCUGGCGGUGGGGGACACGCUGUAUUUGGUCAAUGGCCUCUACCCGCUGACCCUGCGCUGGGAGGAGUCCCGCAUGCCAGAAUCCCAGCCAGACACUCCGCCCGGCACCCCUCCCGCGGCCCCAACCGAGGAGGAGCAGCAGGAGCAGGAGCAGGAGGAAGAGGAGGAUGUUGAACGGCCGAAAAAGCGGAUGCGGAAGUCGUCCCCUGGCUGGGAGAGCUUGGAGAAGCUGCUGGUGUUCACCGCACCUGGGGUGAAGCCCCGGGGUAAGGUGGCCGGCUUUGAUCUGGAUGGGACCCUCAUCACCACACGCUCUGGGAAGGUCUUCCCCACCAGCACCAGUGACUGGAGGAUCUUGUACCUAGAGAUUCCACAGAAGCUCCGGGAGCUGGACGCCGAGGGCUACAAGCUGGUCAUCUUCACCAACCAGAUGGGCAUUGGGCGUGGGAAGCUGUCAGCAGAGGAGUUCAAGGCCAAGGUGGAGGCUGUGGUGGAAAAGCUGGGAGUCCCCUUUCAGGUGCUGGUGGCCACACAUGCUGGCUUAUACCGGAAGCCGAUGAUUGGCAUGUGGGACCAUCUGCGGGAGCAGGUGAGCCACAGCCUCGGGUCACUCUCCUUUUCCCUCUUGCAGCCCCCCCUUCCAGCCUCCACGCUGAGUAAGUCCCUGGCAUCCCUCUCCUCUCAUCUCCUCCCUUUGGCCUCACCUUCUCUGUUUUAGCUCUGUGGCCCCAUGUUGGUGCGAGGCCAGUGAUCUUUAACUGAAAACCAGGGUGGUAGAGAUCAGUCACUGGCUCAUUCGUCUGAAGUGUCACAGCUUGGCCCAUGUGUCUGGGAGGGUGCAGGCUGUAAAUACAGACUGAUUUGUAAAACAGCGGGAGUCAGUGAGGCCAGAUGAGCCAGGGCGGUCUGUCUGUCUGAGGUGCCACUGGAAUCGAGCUAAUGGUGGCGAGGGAGGGAAGCUUCCAGACUGGAGUCACAGCAAGUGCAAAAUACUGAGCAGGUGUGUUUAGGGACAGUGAGUGAGGUGGCCUUUAUGGGUGAGGGAGGGCGACUUCAGAGCCAGCAGGGGUCAGAGUGUGUGAGGCCACCUGGG